UUCCUUUUUUACGAUGAAUGCAUUUCCCGGGUUCUAGAUUCAUCAUUCAUGAAUUUGCUGGAAAGCUCUUGCUCAUUUUGCUCUUUCCUACAGAGCAAUAUGUUUGAACCGCAAUAAAGGUAUAAUCAAAUCUGCUCAGUUCUGCGUUUCUAGUCAUCUUCGUACUGCUUCCAUCAUGUCCAUACAGCCAUUACCUCCGGAUGUAAUAGCACAAAUCAAAUCUUCUUCCACAAUUACCAGCCUCAAUGGUGUUAUCUUUGAGCUCGUUAAGAAUUGUUUGGAUGCUAGUUGCUCCAAGAUUGAUAUUGUGGUGAACUUCAGUCGUGGAGAUUGUACAGUAGAGGACAAUGGACUUGGGAUCUUGCCAUCAGAAUUUGGUGAAAAUGGAGGUUUAGGAAAGCUCUAUUGUAUGUUGCCACACGCUUUCUGAUGGGGUUAGAAGUGUAACUCAUAGAACCUAGAUUCCUCAAAGUUAAAUACUUCGAAUCCAACUCAUGGAGCACAUGGAAUCUUCAUUGCCUCAUUAUCUGCUUUAUCUUUACUCUCAAUUACUUCGCAUCAUCACUCGCAUCGCUCGCACAAUUCAAUAAGUAUGCACAGAUCCGAGGUUGUGUCACGUCAAACUCCGGCUCCUGUCCAACAUCACCUUACUUCUUUCGAAUAUGGUACACGUGUGACUGUCCGAAAUUUAUUCGGUAGUAUGCCAGUGCGUGUCAAGCAGCGAGCAAUAGUAUCCGAGCGACGUCAGGCUAAUGCUAAACUUUGGGAUGGUUUACGCAAAGAUAUCGUCUCAUUGUUACUCGCAUGGCCCAAAGAUGUCUCGGUAUCUAUAAAAGAAGAUGGUACAAACCAGCAAAUAUCAAUUCGAAGGUCUCAUAAAACACCCAGAUGGCGUCGAAUUGGUUGUGUUGAUUUGUUCAACACUUGCAGUAUACUUUUCAAGGCUUCAUAUAUCGCAAGUGAUGAAAAGUCGUCUUGGAUCCCUGUCAAUGGCUCAACUUCAAGCUUAGCUGUCAAUGGAGCGAUUUCUCUGAUCCCAAAUGCAACUAAAAACAUCCAAUUUCUAGCAUUUGGCAUAGAACCCCUGAUUUCUCAAGACAAUUGCAAUGUUCUGUACGAAGAUAUCAAUCGUUGGUUCCUUAAUUCGUCGUUUGGCAAUCAGGAGGAGACAAAUGAACUUAAUGAAGCUGAACUGGAAAAAAGAUCUAAAGACCGAAGGUAUAAAAGUAAUGGGUAUACCAACAAAGAGCUCAAAGGAGGGAGGAAGAGUGUUGAUCGAUGGCCAAUGUUCUACAUCAAUAUCCACCAAAUUGAUCAAACGAAGCAUUCGAGGUUGCAGGUUGAUGAUGUGUUAGACGAGAAGAGGAAUACUCUUGAUAAAAUCCUGGAACUUUUGCGGGCUAUUGUUAUAGAGUUCUUGACCAGGAAUAAUUUCCGACCUAAAUUGGCACGCGGAGAUCGUACCAAACAAAACGCGGCCACUGCUUCAUUGAGUAAUCUAGAAAAUGAAGCGCAAAAUGGUUCUUGCAAUACCCACCAAUCCUACGGAGCUACUAGACCAUGCUCCACCACGUUAGAGCCUUUGAGUCAUGAUCACCGGAAACACAGUCAAAAAAGAGCUAAAGUUGACAUGCUGGGGACGAAUGUAAAACUUCCUUCUUUUCAUCAGUCGCGUCCGGGAUUUGACUCUCCAUUUGAUUCCUGGUCAAAAGUCAAAGCCGGUACUAAACAUGCACAUGAAACGUUUACAGACACCACAAAAAAUUCAAAUAAUACUUUGCUCGCGCAAACUAGCUCAACCGCAGAGUCUCAAUCCAUGACACCUCUGAUUUCAAAGGCGGGAAAACUGAUUCGAUGUCCUUUUGAAGAUAUUCAGGCAGCAAUUUCCAGAUCCCAAACAUCUAUGGAGAAGGAAAAAGAACCAGACAUGAAUGCAGAUGAACUGGUGAUAUGGAUCAAUCCUAUCAACAAAGUCAAAUCUCUAGUAAACAGGAGAACUGGCCUUGUCGUAUCUGAAAAGAAAGGCCACAGAAACGAUGGAAAACAGCUCAUCACGAAUCCACCUCGUCGUUUAACCACCCCCGGAAAUCUCCAUACAGGGGAAAAGAAACCAAACGAAUGGAUCGAUGACAUCUUGAAUAUAUGGAAAAACCCCGUUUUCGCUCCUGCUGAGCCUUCAAUACCUCAAGUAUCGAUCGAUGGUUUGGACCUGGAAACACAAGAAAUCAUACAUGGCCGUCAUCAUCACUGUUCACAGACUGAAAUCGAAAAGGCAUUCAAGGAAACUUCAUCAGGGCUUCAUGGACGCAUUUCAAAAGAUGUUCUGCGGAAUGCCGAAAUUGUAUCACAAGUUGACAAAAAGUUCAUUCUAGCUAAUCUUCCAACGAUACCUGUGGUUGGUACUCUCCUUGUAAUCAUAGAUCAGCACGCAGCAGACGAACGAAUUCGAAUAGAAGCUCUUUUGUCAGAAUUUCUUACACCAGCCACAGCCUCAACUAUUCCAGCCUCAACAUCUGUAUCAACUUCCCCCCUCGCCAAACCUGUUGAUUUUGAUAUUUCAACAAAAGAUUCUCAACUCUUCCGUACUUACAUAAGCCACUUUUCUUACUGGGGUAUCAUUUAUUCCCUUUCUCCAACGGCUACCACCAUCACUAUUCGAUACCUUCCACCUCUCAUAACCGCCAGGCUUGUCGCAAACCCAAACUUACUCAUCCAUGUUCUUCGUACAGAGCUUUACUCAUAUCAUGAGCAUCCAACAUCGCAUCCUACGGUGAGCCUUGCAUCUACUUGGAUCGAGAGGAUUUCUCACAUCCCUAAGGGUAUAUUGGAGUUAUUGAAUAGUAGAGCUUGUAGAAGUGCGAUCAUGUUCAAUGAUGAGCUUGGUGUCGAUGAGUGUAAGGAAUUAGUCAAGAGGUUGGCGAAUUGCAAAUUUCCUUUCAUGUGUGCACAUGGGCGAGUGAGUAUGGUACCAUUGGGUGAAGUCGGAAUGAUGUCGAGGGCCGGAGCAAACGGGAUAAAUUCUUUACGAACAGCCAUGUUGAAUACAGAUCAAAAUGAAGAGAAGAGAGACGGGCCAUUUGGUGCUGAAUUGAGAAAGUGGAUGAAAAGACGUACCAACAAGAGAUGAAAGAUAUAUCCCAAUGAUCAUGAGCAUACAAACAAAGUGGAGGUGUCUUCAGAUUGAAUUCUGGUCAUCUAUUUACACUU